AUGCUAACUCCCCCCCCUCCAUGAGUGAACAAAAAAAUUUUGUUCACUCAUGGAGGGGGGUUAAUUUUUUUUUUUUUUAAAUUUAUAUAUAAAUUUUAUAAAAAAUUUUUUUUUCGAAAUUCAAAAAAAUCCUAAUUUGCAAAAAUUGGAAAGCAAAUAUUAAUUUAAUUUAUAAAAUUUAUGUUUUAAAAAGCAAUUCGUUUAAAAAUUAAACAGAAUUAGCUCUAGAUUUCAUUAUACUAAUUAUCAUUUAUAUAUCAAAAUUAUUUUCCAUAAAAAAAAAUUUUUUGUAUUAAAAAAAAUUUUUGUUCACUCAUGGAGGGUGGGUUUUUGGGCAAAAAAUAGCGAUUUUUCUAAUGGUUUUGUUCACUCACGGAGGGGGGGGAGUAAGACUUUUAUACAGAUCUUUUGGCAAGUUCACACUUAACCCUACAGAUGUAAAAGAAACUUUAACGAGAGGAUGAGGACCUGGAGGUCAAAAAGUAAAUAAAUCCACUAAUUGCGUGUGCUUAAAGCAUAUCCCUACAGGAAUCAUGGUAAAAGCUCACGAUUCUAGGCAGCUCUAUGAGAAUAGAGAAAUCGCUUACAAAAGGCUUGAGGAAAAAAUUGAAUUCCAAUUAUAUGGUGCUGAAAGCAAAAAAGGGAUAAAAAUUGAAAAGAUUAAGAAGCAAAAAGAUAGGCAGAGGCGUAGAAGGCUACAAAAAGAAGAAAAUCAGUUAAAAGAAUCUGAAGAAAGCGAUGAUAAUAAAAAUAUUGAAUAA